AUGGCAUCAACGCCAGCAACUGCUUCCCAGGAGCAAGCAUCCACAGUCACAGAAUUCGCCAAAGACCUCCAGGACCUAAUAUCAUCGACCACUGCUUCCUCCAGCUCUAGCCCGCUAGCCAUCCCCGACGACACCCUCCGCACCCUUGAUACACACCUUAAUCACCUCCCCUUAUCACGAACAGCUCUCACGGUAUCCACGCGUCGACAGCUCGAUACGAAAGGGACAGAGCUAUGGAAUACAUGCUUGCAGAUCAUGGUGAUGUACAGGGAGGAUGGUGUCCGCGUGAAGUAUUUGGCUUUUGCUAUGAUUGAGAGUGCUGCACCUCGCCGGGGUCCAGGAAAUGUGAGGGCUCUUGAACUCGCGCUGAGGAUAUCCAAGGAUUGCUUGGAAAGUGAGCUUGUCGAACUCGGUUUGAAAUCCCUGGAGACCACGGCGGCGAGGCUAGAUACUUUUGAGAAGUCGGAGACCGAUAAGUCGAAAUUAUCGGUUGUGACGACGGAAUAUUACAUGCUUCGCAUUUAUCUUUCAUGGCUUCAAGGACGGCCAGAUAUCGCAGAGCAUUUGUUCUCCAAAGUCAGCGCCAUCACAGGGUCUCCGCAGCGAAAGACAAAUAUGGAGGUCUGCUAUAUUAUCGGGUCGUCGGCUCUCUCAAAAGGUCAACCCGGAACUGCGACCCGUUGGCUGGAAAGAGCAUUGGAGUCAAGCCUGCGUUCUGGCCAGGAUAGUGGACAAUCAAACCUUGCACUAAAAGAUAUGAGGUUGCUCAUACUACAUGCCUUGGUUCGGGCCCAUCUUCAACUCGGAACAGCGAGUUCACGAGACUUUGCACUUCAAACAUUGGACUCCCUGAAAACUGAAUAUAGAGAUAUAUUCCCCGUUGUCAUGCUCCAACUCGAAGUCUUCGGCAAAGAAGAACAUCCAAAUUAUCAUGACUAUUCCGAAUGCCUUGGAGCUGUAGUACGAAUGACGGAAGUUACAGAUGAUAGCUUGAGGAUUGCCUUCUAUCAUAUCCAGAAACUCAGCAAGCAGAGCUGGGAUCUUUCUAUGAAAGUGUCCCAACAGCUUCUCGAGAAGCUCGUUCCUUCAAACAGCCAGGCCCUGAUAGGGCAAUUCCUCGUUGCGUUCGUCUGGAUGGUAACUAGCUCAAACCAAUCUGCAUUGCAAGAGCUGGAUACCAUUCUGGGUAUAGCGAAAACUCUCGCUCGGUCCGGAAUAGAUACCCUGGGCGAAGACGCCACUCAUGCUUCGUUAGUUCUUAUAUGGAGACGAGUCAAAACUAUGAUGUCCAACGGCAAUAUCUUUAUGGCAGAACAAUGGUACCAGUUUGUUCUUGAACAACCGAUCUUCCAGAAUUGCUCCACAGCAAAUCGAAGCGUUCUUCAAAGGAAACUAAUGAUCUGCGCUUUGAAUAAUCCAAGCACUUCUCUUUCAUACGAAGUAUUGGAACGAAUGCUGGAGCAAUCUCAGGGGUCGCCCUCAACGCUUUACUUAGCGUACAGAAUUACUCUGUUGCAUGAUGAACCAGCUUUGGGUAUAAGUGUCUUGGAGGCGCUAUUCAAGCUAGGAGCAAAUGGGGCUAUGUUUCUCUUCUCCUGUGCAACUGAAGCUCAACGUUUGGGAAAGAUGCAGCAAAUGAUGGACAGCGUUGAACGGGUUAUGGCUAUUCUGGAUAGUGGAUAUCGUGAGAUAUUUGACUUUCCGACACUCGUUGGGUCUACAAUACACAUGCUCUCGAUGGAACUGGAAAAUUGUAAAGUGGACGAUACGAAGAUUUUGGAACAGAUAAGUCGGACUUUUCGAGUUGCCCUGAAAGGAUUGACAGAGAGCAGCAGUAUCUUCUCAACUGACGACACAGAGUGGUUCUUCCAGAAGAGUUAUAAUCUUGCUUUGCAAUUAGUCAAAUCUGCCCGCUAUAUUCCGGCUAUAAAGUUGAUAGAUAUCUCCCAGAAGCUGGCAGUUCUAUACUCACAGACUGCGCAACCCGAAGAUACGCCCAAAGUUUUUGAGCAUAAUCUCUCAUGUGAAUUUCUGAAAGCCCUCGUUCUCAUCACCGAGGCACGCGAGGAAGCAGAACCUCUCAAAAAGAAAAACCACUACAACAGCCUCCGCAACACGAUUGAACAUUUCCGAACACAUAUCGUAAACCGGACCCAAUCGCAACAGAACCAGGAAGCAACAGUCCCGGUGAAAUGGCAAGAGAAAUAUCGGGCCCUCCUCUCCUUCGACUUUGAAGCCGCUGUUUUCCUCUCCCACUGGGACGCUCUACCAUCUAUAAUCGAGGAAUCAAGCAGUUUCGCAGACUCAAAGCUUUGUGCGGUCUUUCUAGACUCCAUUCUAUCCGCUGAAGCACCAAUAGGCGAGAUGGUACGGGUUGUUAUGACAAUAAUAAACAUACUCCACACCUCCACCGCCCCAACUCUCAACAAAUCCUCCUUCGAAACCUCCCUCCCGCGCUAUCUCCGCUGCCUCUUCCAACUGUCCAUCCAAGCCAACGAAAACCCCCUUGCAGAAGCCAUCCUCGAUAAAGCCAUGUCCCUAGCCCGCGGCCACAAUGACGAGAACACAAGCACGAACACCAAUAUCAAUGACAAUGGUAGAACCAAGAGCUACGACUAUCCAAACGAAGAACUCGAAUGGCUCGCCACGGUGACGUUCAAUCGCGCGAUAGAUUUCUAUCUCGUCUCUGCGGAUGAGGAGUGUAAACGGUGGGCUGGGAAGGCCAUUGAGAUUGCUGAUUUGGUGGGGUAUAACCAUGGUGCGCUGGGGAGGUUGUUGAGGGCAAAUUUGGCCAAAUUGUCAUGA